UUCUUAUUUAUCCAUGUUCCCGUGUAAAGACCCAAACCCACCUUCUCAUUUUCACCUUUUUCUUCGAAAAUUUUUUCAUCUUCUCUAUGUCUUCAAUAUUGAGCUCUCAAGGAGUAGUUUUAGCCACCGCCAUGGCUGCUGUUUCCGGCACAGUAAUUCUUCUGGCGUUUCGCCUGCAGAAGUCAUCCCCAACAACCCAAUUUCCCCUUGAUCGGAUUCCUCAUGACUCCUCGCAAGUGCAAGUUCUACGAUCUUGUAUUUCUACAGAGGGGAAAAAGGGAAAGAAGAAGAAGAAGAAGAGAGUGCAGUUUGCAGAAGAUGUUGUGGAUCCAAGAGGAAAUGGAAAAGAGUUCAGGAGGCAAGUUCUAAGUAGAGUUUCUUCAUCUUCAUCGUCGUCAACAUCGGAGUUCAAGAAGACCGGAGGAAUGCCUGCAAAUCGGGUGGCUCUGUACAACGGAAUUCUCAGAGAUCGUGGGGUUCAACGAUUGGGUUACUCCUACUGAUUGAUCAAAUUCAUGUACAAUAUCUGUAUAAUUUUCCUGUCAGUUUUUUCUUAGCCUCUGUCUAAUUGUGUAGCCUGUUUUUGUACAUUUAUUUUCUUUGAAAAUGUUGAAAUUUGAGGACGGUAAUGGACCCACAAGCUCGGUUCUAUCUGCAGAAAAAUUACCGAGUGGAUAAAUCUUCUCGAAGAAGGAAACUGGUUAGUAUAAUCUUCUUAGACCCCUUUUUAUGGGCUGACUUCUUGAGUUUUAUUCACAAAGUGAAUUUCAAUUAAUAUUAUCUUCAUCA